AAUACAACAACCUUUUAAAAAAAUUUACUCGGUAGUCCAAUUUCCAAUAAAAGUUUCAACUUAAAAGUUUUAUGUUAUUUAAAUAUAAUUUUCGUGUUCAUAAUGCUUCCUUAUUGUAUUUUGCAUUACUAAGUGGCUAUUUGCAAUAUGUUUUUCGUUGUCAGUGCCUUUUAAGAUUCCAAAAUUAGACAAAUCUUAAGAAGAAAAACAUAGUGAAGAAAACAACAACAAAAGUUAAAUUUUAAAAAAGAAAAUAAUUAUGACAUCUCAGACGAUUGAAUAUUAAUGAGAAGUUAGGAAGUUAAUUCAUACAAGAGAAUUGAAUCAAAAAGUGUUUUUUGCAAGAUAACAGCAACCAAAAUCAUAGAAUUAUAAAAAAAAUUGGAGAAAAUAUUCAAAUGCGCUAAUUUUCAUCUUCCACCUUCCUGAAGGCUUAGACAUGAGGAAGAUUCAGAGUCCAUCUUCAGAUGAUAGUUUUGAUGGUGGUUUAGGAAAAUCUAAUGACAGAUCACAUCGACACUCAAUCAAUUCCACCACAACCAAUAACGGCAACUCGAAAAAGUCUGAAAACGGAUCAGCUGCUGUACAACAACGACAUCGAUCUAAAAUGCAUUUGGAAAACCUUUCCCCAAGUGGUGGAAAUGGCGAAAAGCCGAAACCUUUAAUUUUAGAGCUAACAAUACAAAAAGAUAAGAAUGGUUAUGGAAUGAAAGUGUCUGGGGAGAAUCCUGUUUUCGUAGAUAGCGUGAAAGACGGUGGGGCUGCUCAUCGAGCAGGACUUAAUGCAGCUGAUAUGAUUCUUCGAGUUAAUGGUAACAAUGUACGAUACUCGACACACGCCGAAGUUGUUCAACUCAUGAAAGCAACUCAAAAUGUCGAAUUGACCGUUCAACGCAAUGCCAGAAACUUUUCUAUUCCAAAUAGUGGAUUAAGCAGUAAUCUAUGCACACCAACAACCCCGACUAGUCAAAGAAAUAGUAUAACUGCUCCCCUACCAGUUGAUCAUUUGAAGCGAAAAGAAGUUGAAUACACGAAACUUCAUACUCUCUACUUGAUGCUCGAACAAGAAAAGAAAAAUUUAGAAAAACUCCGUGAAAAUGAAUCACAGAAUUGCGGUGAAAUUGCAAAAGCUGAAGCGAACAUAAGAACUUUACAAGAACAGUUGCGACAAUCAACAAAUGAUAGUUCAACUGCUUCUUUGAUGGCAAUUAUAACGACAGCGUCAUCUAAAGUGACUUCAACUCCAACAGUCACUUCGCAGUCAUCAUUAACACCUCCAACUUUUCUUGCUCGAUUUCCAAGAUCAUUGAGUCAAUUGAAUAUUGGAAAUAAAAGAAAAUCCACAGCAGCUUCACCCCAAGAGGCUAUUUCAAAGCCAAUACCUACAUCAACAGCAACAUCUUUGACGCCAAAUUCUUCGUCAUCAUCGUCAUCAACGCCAAUAUCCUCGCCAAAUCAUCAAAAGGUCCGCGUUAGACAUCAACAUCCAACCGUGACUGCAGACGUUCCACCCCCUUUACCACAAAGAAAUAUUCCAAGAAAAAGUCUUCCCACAAGUCCCGUUGCAACGCCACAAAUAUCUGACUUAGAUGCUUCCUUAAUGUCCGCUUCUACUUCCACUAAUUUCUCAAGUGGAGUUGUUGGAGGUGUCAAAAAGAAGAACAACAAACAAAAGAUUAAAGCUUAUUCCGAUCCAAAAAUGUCAAGCGAAAUAAUGCUUCAAAUGGAGUGUGCUAGUUAUCCGCCACCCUUGCCACCUCGUUCAGGUAUUGCUGAAGAUUUUAGUGCAUUUGGUCAAGUCGUAACAAACAAAGAUCUCAUGGAUGGAUCAAGUAAUGAUGGUCGUGCUCUCUCAAAUAGUAUUGCAACACAAUUAGUUUAUCCUUUAAUUGCAACAUCUGUUGCUGUAAGAGAUGGAAUGCCACCGCCAAAUACAAAUGCACAUCAUCAUCACCAUCAACAUAAUCAAAGUUUUGAAAGUGCUUUGCCAACUUCUAACAGCAAUAACUUUAUGGAAAAUGUUCAUCAAACGAAGUCUAAAAAAGAUAAAAUUCGUGAUGGAUCUGGACCGGAAAUAUCUCCGCCUGGAACUCCGCCACCUCCUUAUCAUCAUAACGUCUCGUUAGCAUCCAUAAAUAAUACCAACAACAAUAGCAAUAAUAAUAAUGUUAAUAGCAAUGAACAACGCGCGAUUUUAUCAUUUGAGUGUGACAACGAAACUGACGAUGAAGUGUUAACUGAAGAUGAAGGAAUUUUCCGUUCAAUAUCAAUGCUUACAGCACCUGAAAAUGCCGCAUAUUUGGUCGUAUUUUUGAAUUUUGUGUUGAGUAAUUCAAAACCAGCAGCAAUUCUCUUUUACUUAAUAACUGAUUUGUACAAGAAAGGAAAUGUCAAAGAUAUGAGAAAGUGGGCAUAUGAGAUUCAUUCGACAUUUCUCGUACCAAGUGCGCCACUUUCUUUCUUUCCCUCUUCGGAUAUUCAAAGUGAAUCGUUAGCUCGUGAAAUCGACGACAAAUUAGCACAAGCUAAAAGCUAUCAACCACAAGAUCGUGGAAAUCAACAAGAUUUUGAAAUGGCGGGACUUUUAAGAAAUGUUUUUCAAAAAUCACGUUCAAAAGCUCGCGAUAUCAUUAAUCGACAAAUGGAAGAAUUUCAAGAGAAACGAACUGCAGGUCUUGGAACAAUGUAUGGACCAUCAGGUCAUGAACUUAAUGCAGCAAAGGGAAACAAACAAGGCGAGACGAAAAUUGUUGAAGAUUUUCUCAUGCCAAAGUUGACAACGCUUCUCGAUGAAUGUGACGUAGCUGUCAGUGGCUUCGAAGAAUCUACCGUCUCUUCUAAAAUGGCUUUAACAUCAGCAUUAUCAACAGUCGUUCAUAAGAUUUUUCUUCCUCGCGGUAGUGCUGCUACUGGAACUGAACGAAUUCAUCAUUACGUCACAAGAGAGAAAUCGUUUAAAUCGCGACUUAUUAGUAAAAAUCGGAAGGCUCUCGUUAGAGGCCAUCACUUAAAUCUUCGACAGUAUUACGAGACGACUCAUUGUAACCAUUGCCAGAAUCUCAUUUGGGGUGUAGCACCUCAAGGCUUUGCCUGUACUGAUUGUGCCCUCAAUGUUCAUCGUGGUUGUGCAAAACUUCUCGAAGAAACUUGUCCCGGACCAGUCAAUGUACCGGUAGAUAAGUUUACAAAAUUUAUGGAUCGUAUCAGGGAAAAAGGACACGGAAACGCAAAGAAGCAAGAGGAAGAGCUUAGUGUACCAUGGGACGACGCCAUUACAUCCGACCGCUCAGCAUCUUUCAAUGCACGUCCCAAAGGCGACAUUCAAUUCCAACGUCCUUCACAUGUAUCUAGUAGUACAUCACAGUUACAAACACACCCAGAUCAGUCACAGACUGAUUUUCAUCACCAUCAUCAUCAAGGGUCGAGCAGUACUAUAACGAGUUCAGCAGGAGGUUCUUCGAGCGUUCUUACGGGUUCACCACAAACAAGUCAUGGAAAUGAAGGCAGUAGUGACUUAACACCAGAUGGAAAGCGAGGAAAACAGAAAACAACUCAACCAAAUGCAAGAAGUGAAUCGUACAAAGAAUGUUCACCAAAACGAAGUCGAACAAAUCGCCCAAAAUCAGAUCCAAAUGACAUCUCAUCAAACAUUGACUCCAAUCAAGAUGAUGCAAUAAACUCAUCAACAACCACAACGACAACAGGUCGUGCUUUUACCGGAACAAGUUUGGAUUCAUCACCUGCGACAACAGACGACGAAUCGUUCCGUGAUAUUGAAGCGUGGAAUUCAGUGACAGCUGAGAUGAUUCAACAAUUGACAGAAACAGAAAAGAAACGACAGGAAAUUAUAAAUGAACUUUUCGAAACGGAGAAGAAUCAUGUCAAAAUAUUGAAAGUAUUGCAUAACGUGUUUAUGGUUCCACUUGAACAAAGUAAAGCGAUGACACCGGAACUUAUUCAUUUGGUAUUUCCACCAUCACUUCUUGUGCUUAAAGAGUGGCACAAUAGCUUCGAGUCAAUGUUAAAGCAGCGAUGGAAAGAACAUAACGCACUUGUUAAAGAAAUUGGUGAUUGUUUGAAUGUGUUUGACGGUCCAUCAGGUGAAUUACUUAAAGAACAUGCAGCACGUUUCUGUACGCGACAACAAAAUGCGCUUGAAGUUCUGAAAGAGCGACGGAAAAAAGACGAGAAUUUACAACGUGGUUUGAUCAAAGCUGAGUCACAUAAAGCUUGUCGACGACUUCAGUUGAAAGAUUUGCUGCCAGCUGUUCUUCAAAGAAUAACAAAAUAUCCAUUGCUGCUUGAACGACUGCAUAAGUGCAGUGAAGGAAGCGAUGCCGAAGCGAUCAAACGAGCUUUAGAUGCAUCCAAGGCGAUCUUGGAUUAUGUCAAUCAAGCUGUUCGAAUAGGAGAAGAACUUCGUUCAAUUCAACGAAAGCUCGACAAAGCAUCGUAUGACAAAGAUGCACCAAAUGAAUUCAAAAAUAUCGAUUUGACCAAUUUCAAGCUCAUUCAUGACGGGCUUUUGACGAUAAAGAAAGGAACAAUUCAACUUCGUGUGCUUCUAUUCGAUAACAUGAUUGUUUUACUUCAAAAAACAGAUGAAAAAUAUUUGUUGAAGAAUUUUACUUCACCGGCAGCGCAUGGAGACAAUACGCCGGUGAAUCCAAUUACAAAAAUCUGCAAUCUUCUUGUACGACUCAGUGCUGUUGAUAAUCGUGCAUUCUUCCUUAUUGAUAAAGAAAAUUCGCACAUGUUGGAGUUAACAGCUCCGAGCGAGCAGGAGAGUGAAAUCUGGAUAAGAAGAAUCACAGAAGCUGCUGAGAAAGCAAACCAUUUAAAGAAAGUUCAACAAAAGCCAUUGCCAUCAAUUCCACAACCUCCACCCCCACCAGAGCUAGAAGAGACGCCAGAGAAUCUUCUUGGAACUGCACCAGAUGAACCACUACCAGAUGAACAGCCAGCGAUAUCUGAUGAGAAACCUGCGAAUGAUGAUCAUAACAAGGAAAGUCAAGAGCCCGAAGAACAAAGUGAACCAUCACCACAAGAUGAUCCAAAUGCCAUUUCAACAACACAACCGUGUCAACUUAUUCAGCCAUCGGAAAUCAACAUAGCGGCACAAAAUGUUCUUGAAGCAGCACUUAUUGUGUCACCAGAAGAAUCUUUACGUCGUCAUGGUCAACAAAUUCAGCAAUCAGUCAAUGAAAUGGAGAAAAUCAUCUGCAACAUCAACCGCGUUCCUUUAGAGCAUUUCGAUGAAAUUGCUGACAUUGCAGCACAACCAGAAGCGGCCUCAGAUUUAGCAGAUCUUGCAAUUGCUGCCUUUGCGCAAUCAAAGUUUCUCGUUGAAUCUGUUCGUACAGCUAUGGUUAAAGGUGUGAGGUCUUCAACAUCUUCCAGCUUCGGACCAGCUUUGUGUGAUAAUUGUGUACCUCAGUCAGCUGAGUUCAGAACACGCUCGGUGAGUGCACCUGUAACAAGUAGUGUUGUGGGCGGCAUGGAAACUGAAGGAGAUGGCGAUGCCGUUGAGACCGAUGGCGACAAUUUGUAUUGUGAAAUUGAACCCUUGAGAGAUGAAGGUGCGACUGUCGACGAUAGAAAGGUUGUGAGUCACAUGGAGAUUAAUGAGAACUACAUUGGAACAUCGAAUGAAAAGAGUUGCAUGGGAAUUAUUCGAAUAGAGGAAAUUGCUGCUUCAGUCACGACUCUUAAUUCACUCGUUUCACAAUUAACGAUUAAAAUCGCAGAACGGGAUCACGAACGUGAAUUAUAUCGACGUGAAAAUCAACAACUUCGACAACAGCUUCAUCUCAUACAGGAGGAGGUUAUGCUUGAAAAUGCUGUUCAGGAUCUGGCGAAAGAUGUUACAGAUGCAUGCGAGAUUGUCAAGCCAGAACCUUAGAUUUUGAUUGCAAACAAACACACAUUUAUUAUUUGAUGUUAAAUGAAUAGAAAAGAAUGCAAAGAUGAAAGUCGUGUUAACAAAAGGAAAUGUAAAUUAAUUAUAACAAAUUCUCAUUCUCUCUAUUCAGCUUUUUUUCCUUCUUUGAUGCUGUCACUAUAAAUAAAUAUCUUUUCAUUCUAUUAGAUAAUAAUUAAGUUCUCAUCAUCUAAAUGCAUAAAUAUUUAAAUAAAUGAAUUAAAAAAUCAAUUCGAAAGGCAAACCUUGUCGCUGGCAGUGGACAAAUGGGGUUGAGGAACUGCUUAAGCUUAUUUUAGUAUUAAAUCAGAUUUUUGUGCAUCACGAAAGCAGCGAAUCGAAUGCGAGAUUCAUCAGAGAUUUACAUAUAUAAACUCACAAGAAUAUUAUACAUAAAACGCACAAUUUUUGAAAGAUGAGUUCGUGUCUUGUCUUUUUGUGCUUUCGUGGUGCCGGCUGAUGGUAAAAGCGAUAAUAAUAAAUAAUUUUUUAGAUUCUUAAUGAUCGAAAGGAUAAGGAAAACUUAUGCAACAGAAAACAAAGUCUUGAGAAAUCUCUUAUUGUGCCUUAGCGCGUCAAAUAUCAGUAAAAAAAAAAUUAUCAAAACAAAAAAUUUUCAAAUCAAAUUACUUAUAAAGAAAAAAAAUGGAAAAAUUAGAAGCGCUUUUGGAUUGGCUUGAUUGUAUUUCGGGUGCUCCUUUAAGUGGAGUUUUGGAAACUUUUUCCCGAAUAUUUAAUUGAGUUAAUUGGUUUUUGUGCAUAUAGACGAAGACUUACAGAGAAACAUUUAGUCACAAAAGCACACACGCAAUAUCUAAAACAAAGUACGAUGUGAAAGGAAAAAAUUGUGUCUUAAAAUUUUAAUAAACAAAAAUAAUGAAUCGGAAGUAUUUAAGCGUUGUAUGUGGCCAAAAGUGUAACGCAACAAUCUUUUUUUCUUGCAGUUUUUGCGAGGCCAAACUUAAAAAAAAUUAAUGAGAUUUUUUCUCAAAACGAAAAAAAACUAUUGAAUGUAAUUUUGUAAAAAGCGCAAAAACAUUUUUUCUUUGAUGAAAAAAUAAAAAUAAAAACUUUGAAAUAAAGAAAGUAUUAAAGACAUAUAUAACACAAAAAAUGUGACGAUUCUUGUUUUAUAUUGUUCAGUACCUUAACAUUUUAAAUUUUAUAGCAAUAAAAACAAAAC